AUGGCCUCAAAGCGCCCUCGCGCAGCCUUCGAGGCCGAUUUAUCUCACUCGCCCUAUGCUAUCUAUGGAACUCCGCUACCUCCACUGGAGGAGGGAGCGCGCGACGACGGCUCUUACCUGCCAGUCUGGAAACAAGACGUGACUGAUGAGAGAGGCCGGAAGCGAUUACACGGCGCCUUUACUGGUGGCUUCAGUGCUGGAUACUUCAAUACGGUCGGCUCUAAAGAAGGAUGGACGCCCGCGACAUUUGUCUCGUCCCGCCAGAAUCGCGCCCGGGAUGCGAAACGAACCGAGCAACGACCGGAGGAUUUUAUGGAUGAGGAGGAUCUACGAGAGCAAGAAGAAUCGUGGAAUCUCAAUACAACGGAGGGAUUCGCGGGGUUUGGAUCUACCGAGACGGAUGCCACUCGCAGGGCGGGUCUCAUGGAUCUGCUGAAAACCGGCGGAGAAACAAUGGGAGUGAAGCUACUGAAAAAGAUGGGCUGGAGAGAAGGGCAGGGCAUUGGACCUAAAGUGCGACGCAAGGCCAAUCUGGAUGAGAAUGCGGCGCCGGGUGCCUCAGAGGAGACGUACCUCUUUGCCCCGGAGAACCCGCCCAUGGUCGCUUUCAUUCGCAAGACAGACCACAAGGGCCUCGGCUUCUUGGGGGAAACGCAUUUAGAAAAGCCUAGUGGGCCCGCUCAAGAUGAGGACGAUGAUUCCGACUCAUUCUUUGGGGAUCGCCUGGCUACCAAGAAGAAAACGGUAAAGAAACCACAACGUGGAGGCUUUGGUGUCGGCAUUCUCAAUGAUACCGGGUCUGACGAUGAAGACCCCUACUCUCUGGGUCCUCAGAUCUCUUACACAAAGACUAUUGGAGGCAAAAAGAAAAAAGCGAAAGAUACAAAGCCGGCCAUUGCAUCGUCAAAUCCCUUGCUCAAUGCCAAGCCUGUCUUCAUAUCCAAAAAGAUCGCAGCUGCUCGUAGUGCGGGCGGAUUCCGAAAAUGUCGUGAUGGACGAUUACCGCUGGACGGAUUCGUUCUCGCCGACAGUCUUAUGAGUUUAUCUAUCUCCGAGAAGAAAUAUGACCCUCCGCAGGUUCCAGAGGGCUGGAAAUCUGCGAGGCAAUCCGCAGCUGAGCGCAAAUCGGAAUAUGUCUCUACGGGGGAUGCAGCCAAGGCAUCCGUUCUCAACCCGACCUCCAGAGCUGCGGUUCUGGGCGAGGAUCAACUACCGGGCAAAUCCAUUUUCGAUUGGAUGACACCAGAGGCCCGCGAGCGGAUUGCCAAGCUCACUGGGAAAACCAAUCUCCCACCUGCCAUGAGUGAAAAGGCGCCCAAGGGUUAUGAACUAUCGGAAUCCGAUCGACGGCGAGAUCUUUGGGAUCUCGUCCCGAGCUUGGACAAGCAAACUGCGGUGCAGGCCUUGACGCGAGGUGUGAGCGGGUGGAUGCCCUAUGCAGAGGAUGAGGCAAAACGCGCUCGCUACCGUACCUUCAUCGAGAUCCGGGCCGGCCUUCGCGAGACUUUACCCGACCGAGUUCCUGGAUCCAGCACGGAGGAAUGGGUGACCGAGAUGCAGGAAUUCGCCCGGGCUGCUGAGGUGUUCAAGCCCAUGUCUGGGGUAAUGGCAUCCCGGUUUACCUCGGCUUCAUCAGGGCCGAAGAUUGUCUCCGAUGCGCCAGAUUCUUCCGAUACCCCGCUCAGUCGGCCUGCUGAGAAGCCUGAUGACCCAGCUGUAGCUGCUGCCAAGAUUGGAAUGUUCGGUCAAAUGACCCGAAGUACAUACAGUUUCUUUCCGACCCGUCUUCUCUGUAAGCGGUUCAACGUCAAGCCCCCCGAUCAUGUACAGCUUGACCCCGGGGGCCGUUCGGGUGACUCUAAAGCUCCCGGUACUCGUUUUCAGUCGGGUGGCUACCAGACCGACUCCAAAACUCGGGACUUGAUUUCGCAGGAGGUCAUGGACAUGAUCAUGAUUGAAUCAGGUCGCCAGCCGGUUGCCGCGCCUAGUGCAGGCAGUGCGCCACUGGCAGCACCUGUUGUGGAGCCCGAGCACAAUGAAGCGCUCGAGGCGGAGCGGCCAGGCGAUGCUAUCUUCAAGGCGAUUUUCGGCAGCGACGACGAGGACGACGAAGAAUGA